UGCGGUUUGUCUGCGGAUCGCGUUCAGUUCGUCCGCAUCGCUGCUACUAAUUAGUUCGUCAAUUUAAAACGCUCGCGAAAUGUCCGUUGUUUGUCAGAGCUUUUGAUGAUAGAUACCUCCAUCGGCGUGUGAAAUUGGAUAGUUAGUUUAAUUUCAAAAAUUUUUCAAACUCCCUAACCCACACAUUUUUUCGGGGCUAUAAUAACUUAACAAAAUGAUAUAUGAAACGUCGUAUGAUACUGGGCUCAAGCCCUUUUCCCCCUUUCUGAAGCGAGGAAAGUGGGAAAAACCAACGGACUAUUUAUUCGCGUGCUUUGGAUUGGCCCUUAAACUGGAUAUAUUUGUGGCCUCGUAUUGGUUCUUCUUCGAUAUGGGCAUUUUUGCGAUGAUGCCGUACCUAGUUUACAUGGUGAUUUACUUGGUUCCAAUUAUGGUCAUUCAUUCCUUCAUGGGUCAGUUCUCCAGCAGUGGGUUCAUCUCCGCCUUCCGGCUGUCGCCGUUUUUUAAAGGUAUGCUAAAAGGUGGAAAUUAAAUAAAUCAUAAAUGGCUGAAUGA